AUGAAGAUCAUAUUCUUUUUAUGUUCAUUUCUUUUUUUUAUUAUAAAUACACAAUGUGUAACACAUGAAAGUUAUCAAGAACUUGUCAAAAAACUAGAAGCUUUAGAAGAUGCAGUAUUGACAGGUUAUAGUUUAUUUCAAAAGGAAAAAAUGGUAUUAAAUGAAGAAGAAAUUACUACAAAAGGUGCAAGUGCUCAAAGUGGUGCAAGUGCUCAAAGUGGUGCAAGUGCUCAAAGUGGUGCAAGUGCUCAAAGUGGUGCAAGUGCUCAAAGUGGUGCAAGUGCUCAAAGUGGUACAAGUGGUCCAAGUGGUCCAAGUGGUACAAGUCCAUCAUCUCGUUCAAACACUUUACCUCGUUCAAAUACUUCAUCUGGUGCAAGCCCUCCAGCUGAUGCAAGCGAUUCAGAUGCUAAAUCUUACGCUGAUUUAAAACACAGAGUACGAAAUUACUUGUUCACUAUUAAAGAACUCAAAUAUCCCGAACUCUUUGAUUUAACCAAUCAUAUGUUAACUUUGUGUGAUAAUAUUCAUGGUUUCAAAUAUUUAAUUGAUGGAUAUGAAGAAAUUAAUGAAUUAUUAUAUAAAUUAAACUUUUAUUUUGAUUUAUUAAGAGCAAAAUUAAAUGAUGUAUGUGCUAAUGAUUAUUGUCAAAUACCUUUCAAUCUUAAAAUUCGUGCAAAUGAAUUAGACGUACUUAAAAAACUUGUGUUCGGAUAUAGAAAACCAUUAGACAAUAUUAAAGAUAAUGUAGGAAAAAUGGAAGAUUACAUUAAAAAAAAUAAAACAACCAUAGCAAAUAUAAAUGAAUUAAUUGAAGGAAGUAAGAAAACAAUUGAUCAAAAUAAGAAUGCAGAUAAUGAAGAAGGGAAAAAAAAAUUAUACCAAGCUCAAUAUGAUCUUUCUAUUUACAAUAAACAAUUAGAAGAAGCACAUAAUUUAAUAAGCGUUUUAGAAAAACGUAUUGACACUUUAAAAAAAAAUGAAAACAUAAAGAAAUUACUUGAUAAGAUAAAUGAAAUUAAAAAUCCCCCACCGGCCAAUUCUGGAAAUACACCAAAUACUCUCCUUGAUAAGAACAAAAAAAUCGAGGAACACGAAGAAAAAAUAAAAGAAAUUGCCAAAACUAUUAAAUUUAACAUUGAUAGUUUAUUUACUGAUCCACUUGAAUUAGAAUAUUAUUUAAGAGAAAAAAAUAAAAAAGUUGAUGUAACACCUAAAUCACAAGAUCCUACGAAAUCUGUUCAAAUACCAAAAGUUCCUUAUCCAAAUGGUAUUGUAUAUCCUUUACCACUCACUGAUAUUCAUAAUUCAUUAGCUGCAGAUAAUGAUAAAAAUUCAUAUGGUGAUUUAAUGAAUCCUCAUACUAAAGAAAAAAUUAAUGAAAAAAUUAUUACAGAUAAUAAGGAAAGAAAAAUAUUCAUUAAUAACAUUAAAAAAAAAAUUGAUUUAGAAGAAAAAAACAUUAAUCACACAAAAGAACAAAAUAAAAAAUUACUUGAAGAUUAUGAAAAGUCAAAAAAGGAUUAUGAAGAAUUACUUGAAAAAUUUUAUGAAAUGAAAUUUAAUAAUAAUUUUAACAAAGAUGUCGUAGAUAAAAUAUUCAGUGCAAGAUAUACAUAUAAUGUUGAAAAACAAAGAUAUAAUAAUAAAUUUUCAUCCUCUAAUAAUUCUGUAUAUAAUGUUCAAAAAUUAAAAAAGGCUCUUUCAUAUCUUGAAGAUUAUUCUUUAAGAAAAGGAAUUUCUGAAAAAGAUUUUAAUCAUUAUUAUACUUUGAAAACUGGCCUCGAAGCUGAUAUAAAAAAAUUAACAGAAGAAAUAAAGAGUAGUGAAAACAAAAUUCUAGAAAAAAAUUUUAAAGGACUAACACAUUCAGCAAAUGGUUCCUUAGAAGUAUCUGAUAUUGUAAAAUUACAAGUACAAAAAGUUUUAUUAAUUAAAAAAAUAGAAGACUUAAGAAAGAUAGAAUUAUUUUUAAAAAAUGCACAACUAAAAGAUAGUAUUCAUGUACCAAAUAUUUAUAAACCACAAAAUAAACCAGAACCAUAUUAUUUAAUUGUAUUAAAAAAAGAAGUAGAUAAAUUAAAAGAAUUUAUACCAAAAGUAAAAGACAUGUUAAAGAAAGAACAAGCUGUCUUAUCAAGUAUUACACAACCUUUAGUUGCAGCAAGCGAAACAACUGAAGAUGGGGGUCACUCCACACACACAUUAUCCCAAUCAGGAGAAACAGAAGUAACAGAAGAAACAGAAGAAACAGAAGAAACAGUAGGACACACAACAACGGUAACAAUAACAUUACCACCAACACAACCAUCACCACCAAAAGAAGUAAAAGUUGUUGAAAAUUCAAUAGAACAUAAGAGUAAUGACAAUUCACAAGCCUUGACAAAAACAGUUUAUCUAAAGAAAUUAGAUGAAUUUUUAACUAAAUCAUAUAUAUGUCAUAAAUAUAUUUUAGUAUCAAACUCUAGUAUGGACCAAAAAUUAUUAGAGGUAUAUAAUCUUACUCCAGAAGAAGAAAAUGAAUUAAAAUCAUGUGAUCCAUUAGAUUUAUUAUUUAAUAUUCAAAAUAACAUACCUGCUAUGUAUUCAUUAUAUGAUAGUAUGAACAAUGAUUUACAACAUCUCUUUUUUGAAUUAUAUCAAAAGGAAAUGAUUUAUUAUUUACAUAAACUAAAAGAGGAAAAUCACAUCAAAAAAUUAUUAGAGGAGCAAAAACAAAUAACUGGAACAUCAUCUACAUCCAGUCCUGGAAAUACAACCGUAAAUACUGCUCAAUCCGCAACUCACAGUAAUUCCCAAAACCAACAAUCAAAUGCAUCCUCUACCAAUACCCAAAAUGGUGUAGCUGUAUCAUCUGGUCCUGCUGUAGUUGAAGAAAGUCAUGAUCCCUUAACAGUAUUGUCUAUUAGUAACGAUUUGAAAGGUAUUGUUAGUCUCUUAAAUCUUGGAAAUAAAACUAAAGUACCUAAUCCAUUAACCAUUUCUACAACAGAGAUGGAAAAAUUUUAUGAGAAUAUUUUAAAAAAUAAUGAUACCUAUUUUAAUGAUGAUAUCAAACAAUUCGUAAAAUCUAAUUCAAAAGUAAUUACAGGUUUGACCGAAACACAAAAAAAUGCAUUAAAUGAUGAAAUUAAAAAAUUAAAAGAUACUUUACAGUUAUCAUUUGAUUUAUAUAAUAAAUAUAAAUUAAAAUUAGAUAGAUUAUUUAAUAAGAAAAAAGAACUUGGCCAAGACAAAAUGCAAAUUAAAAAACUUACUUUAUUAAAAGAACAAUUAGAAUCAAAAUUGAAUUCACUUAAUAACCCACAUAAUGUAUUACAAAACUUUUCUGUUUUCUUUAACAAAAAAAAAGAAGCUGAAAUAGCAGAAACUGAAAACACAUUAGAAAACACAAAAAUAUUAUUGAAACAUUAUAAAGGACUUGUUAAAUAUUAUAAUGGUGAAUCAUCUCCAUUAAAAACUUUAAGUGAAGUAUCAAUUCAAACAGAAGAUAAUUAUGCCAAUUUAGAAAAAUUUAGAGUAUUAAGUAAAAUAGAUGGAAAACUCAAUGAUAAUUUACAUUUAGGAAAGAAAAAAUUAUCUUUCUUAUCAAGUGGAUUACAUCAUUUAAUUACUGAAUUAAAAGAAGUAAUAAAAAAUAAAAAUUAUACAGGUAAUUCUCCAAGUGAAAAUAAUAAGAAAGUUAACGAAGCUUUAAAAUCUUACGAAAAUUUUCUCCCAGAAGCAAAAGUUACAACAGUUGUAACUCCACCUCAACCAGAUGUAACUCCAUCUCCAUUAUCUGUAAGGGUAAGUGGUAGUUCAGGAUCCACAAAAGAAGAAACACAAAUACCAACUUCAGGCUCUUUAUUAACAGAAUUACAACAAGUAGUACAAUUACAAAAUUAUGACGAAGAAGAUGAUUCCUUAGUUGUAUUACCCAUUUUUGGAGAAUCCGAAGAUAAUGACGAAUAUUUAGAUCAAGUAGUAACUGGAGAAGCAAUAUCUGUCACAAUGGAUAAUAUCCUCUCAGGAUUUGAAAAUGAAUAUGAUGUUAUAUAUUUAAAACCUUUAGCUGGAGUAUAUAGAAGCUUAAAAAAACAAAUUGAAAAAAACAUUUUUACAUUUAAUUUAAAUUUGAACGAUAUCUUAAAUUCACGUCUUAAGAAACGAAAAUAUUUCUUAGAUGUAUUAGAAUCUGAUUUAAUGCAAUUUAAACAUAUAUCCUCAAAUGAAUACAUUAUUGAAGAUUCAUUUAAAUUAUUGAAUUCAGAACAAAAAAACACACUUUUAAAAAGUUACAAAUAUAUAAAAGAAUCAGUAGAAAAUGAUAUUAAAUUUGCACAGGAAGGUAUAAGUUAUUAUGAAAAGGUUUUAGCGAAAUAUAAGGAUGAUUUAGAAUCAAUUAAAAAAGUUAUCAAAGAAGAAAAGGAGAAGUUCCCAUCAUCACCACCAACAACACCUCCGUCACCAGCAAAAACAGACGAACAAAAGAAGGAAAGUAAGUUCCUUCCAUUUUUAACAAACAUUGAGACCUUAUACAAUAACUUAGUUAAUAAAAUUGACGAUUACUUAAUUAACUUAAAGGCAAAGAUUAACGAUUGUAAUGUUGAAAAAGAUGAAGCACAUGUUAAAAUAACUAAACUUAGUGAUUUAAAAGCAAUUGAUGACAAAAUAGAUCUUUUUAAAAACCCUUACGACUUCGAAGCAAUUAAAAAAUUGAUAAAUGAUGAUACGAAAAAAGAUAUGCUUGGCAAAUUACUUAGUACAGGAUUAGUUCAAAAUUUUCCUAAUACAAUAAUAUCAAAAUUAAUUGAAGGAAAAUUCCAAGAUAUGUUAAACAUUUCACAACACCAAUGCGUAAAAAAACAAUGUCCAGAAAAUUCUGGAUGUUUCAGACAUUUAGAUGAAAGAGAAGAAUGUAAAUGUUUAUUAAAUUACAAACAAGAAGGUGAUAAAUGUGUUGAAAAUCCAAAUCCUACUUGUAACGAAAAUAAUGGUGGAUGUGAUGCAGAUGCCACAUGUACCGAAGAAGAUUCAGGUAGCAGCAGAAAGAAAAUCACAUGUGAAUGUACUAAACCUGAUUCUUAUCCACUUUUCGAUGGUAUUUUCUGCAGUUCCUCUAACUUCUUAGGAAUAUCAUUCUUAUUAAUACUCAUGUUAAUAUUAUACAGUUUCAUUUAA